AUGCUAUAAAAAUAAGUCUUGGCCCGUUCGGGUGAAGUUUGUUCUGGCAAAAAAUUGCUUUGGAAUAAUUUUAAAACAUGCACGUACCUUGGGUACGAGCUCUCUUUGCGGCGAGAUGCUGCCGACACAAGUUUACAGGCAGAGCAUUGUCAACGGCCCCUGAUUUACACAAUUCGCAAGGUUGCAUUGAGCUUCUUGGUCAAAAGUAUCCUACCGACGAGUGGACGAACGUCACUCCAAAAAUCAUAGAAAAGUUGGAUCGAAAGCUCCACAUCACAAAAAAUCAUCCCCUGUCUCAUGUAAGACAAAUUAUUGCCAACCACUUUUACAAAUCGUACUCCAACAGAGGCAAUAAUCCAUUGUUCAGUAUCUAUGAUAAUUUGAGUCCUGUCGUCACGACUAAACAAAAUUUUGAUUCACUAUUGGUACCAUCCGAUCAUCCUAGUAGGAAGAAAACUGAUUGUUAUUAUGUAAAUCGAGAUAUGUUAUUGAGAGCUCAUACAACGGCUCAUCAAGUAGAACUUAUUUCUAUGGGCUUGGAUAAUUUUCUAGUGAUUGGAGAUGUUUAUCGAAGAGAUGAAAUUGACUCUACCCACUAUCCUGUUUUCCAUCAAGUAGAUGGUGUGAGACUCUGCACUGGAGAUGAAGUUUUUCAAAAUGUAAAGGGGUCAGGGAAAUUGAAUAUUUUUGAACACAGAGGUGUUGAAGGUACCGAUAAGCAAGGUUGCCACACAUUGGAGGCAGUGAAAGUAAUGGAAUAUGAUUUGAAACAAGUACUAGUUAGCUUAGCUCAAGCUCUUUUUGGUCAAAGUGUUAAAUACAGAUGGGUUGAUGAAUAUUUUCCUUUCACUCACCCAUCGUGGGAGCUAGAAGUUUUUUUCAAUGGCAAAUGGAUAGAAGUCCUUGGUUGUGGAAUUAUUCGCCAAGAAAUUUUACAAAGAGCUGGAAUUUCUGACAGGAUUGGAUGGGCUUUUGGUUUAGGACUGGAAAGGCUUGCAAUGUGUUUAUAUUCUAUCCCAGAUAUCAGAUUGUUUUGGAGUCUUGACAGUGGAUUUUUAAAUCAAUUCAUAACUGAUGAUCCUCAUAAAAAGAUCACCUACAAGCCUGUUAGUAUCUAUCCACAGUGUAGCAAUGAUAUAAGUUUUUGGCUACCUCAAGAUUCUGCAUAUUGUUCAAAUGACUUUUACGAUCUUGUCAGAGAUAUUGGUGGAGAUACUGUUGAACAAAUUCAACUUGUAGAUGAGUUUGUUCAUCCAAAGACAAAAAACGUAUCUCAUUGUUACAGAAUAAUUUAUAGACACAUGGAAAGAGUUCUUACACAAGAUGAAGUGAAUGAUAUUCACAAAAAAAUUGAAAAAGCAUCUAAAGAUCUAUUACAUGUUGUUAUCAGAUGAAUAUGUCUGAAAUUAAUUAUAUUAAUGCUGUAUAUAUUGUAAAAUA